AUGAAGGUUUUAAGGUUUAACCAGGAUGCAAGUUGCUUUUCAGCAGUGAGUGGACCUCACUCUAUGACUAUAUAUAACUGUGAUCCCUUCGGUAAAUGUUUUGAAUUAGAAAAUGGUAAUGGGAAUUCUAGUUCGUGCGGUAUUGGAGUUAGCUCUAGAACGCAAGAAUACCAGUGCACCAACUUUAUAACAGAGAUGUUGUUCGCAACAAGUUUGAUUGCUGUAGUUAAUAAGGACCAAGGCAUACAAAAGGCGAAGAAGUUACGCAUUGUGAAUACUAAGCGGAAAACUACAAUAUGUGAACUCACUUUCCCACAUGAGGUUGUGGAUGUUGUAAUGAAUCGCAAAAGGAUGUGCGUGCUGUUAUCUAGUGAUCAGAUAUUUAUCUAUGAUAUAUCAUGUAUGAAGUUGUUACAAACUAUUAAUAUACUGGAGGAGAAGCUAAAGUUGUCUGCCGUUGAGCAAAGUAACAAUUCUGGCAUUCAGUCAAAUUGCCGAGUAUCUGUUCAAACCAAUAUGGUGAAGAUCGCCCUAAGUAGCGAUGAUAAAAGUAUUUUGUGUUACACAGCAUAUUGUAAGAGUAAUAAGCAAUCAUUUAUGCUUAACGAUUUAGUCGUAUAUGACGGAUUAAAUGUAAUGCCAUUAAAUCACCUCACUACUGUACAUAAAGGCAAUAUUGCUUGUUUGUGCAUAAGUGAUGACGGCAGAAUGGUUGCCACUGCUUCAGAGAAGGGGACGAUCAUAAGGUUGUUUAACACGGUGAGUGGGACACCUCUUACUACUCCUAAUGGAUUGUUGUAUGAAUUUAGACGAGGCACAAGGCCCUGUUCAAUAUAUGAAAUGAAGAUAGACCCCACCAACAAAUAUUUAGCAUGCGUUUGCCACACCGAUACCAUUCAUAUUUUUGAUUUAGAGAAAUAUGGACAACAUGACAAAAGUUCGAAUGAACAUACACAUACAUCGUUAUUAGAUGGAAAGUUUAGCAGAGAGACUACACUGCAGUUUGCAAGCUUCUUAUCAAAAAAAGUGAUAUCUAAGAUUCCAAAUCAGAAUAUGGAAAGAGAUUUGGCUCAUGUUAAAAUCAAUGAGUCAGUGAAACACUGCAUUGGAUUCCCUGAUGAGUUUCCAGGGAGAAUUUACGUUGCCAACAAUAGUGGGGAAUUUCAAGUAUGGAAUAUCCCCCAACAUGGUGGAGAAUGCAUCUUAGUAAAGACUAGUAGGUUUUAA